GCUUCGUGAUUAAUUAGAAUCAACAGUUGAUAUGAUUUCGCGGAAUAAAAUCCUUAAAGAACCAAUCACGUGAUGUCAGAGGCGUACAAAGACUGUCUGAUUGACAUCUGGGGAAGAAGAGAAAUACAAUUUUACAUCUAAUUUUCUGUUUUAGAUGACAAUGUCACUGUAGCAAACCACGCGAGAGUUCAGUCCUGACGAGAUGAUGAACUGACUACGGUUGAAUACUGUUAAAUACUUUUAUGGUUUAUAAUAUUAAGUACAACCUCUUUUACGAAUUGAAAUUGAUAGUGAAGAUAUAACUGUGAUUUCAUUUGAUUAAAAACAAUAAAAUAGUCUAGUUUAACUUAGCGUUUGGUCCAUUAAGAGGAACCGACUUAUCAAAACAAAUUGAAAAAUUGUGCAAAGACAUUUUUUUAGGAAGUGUCAGUGGUUUUGGAUUUAACAAAUAAAUAGUAUAUCUUCUGAGGUUACUUAAUUAUAACAGAUAGUAAACAUUAUGGACUAGCAUUUAAUUGUCAUCUUCGGAGCAAAUUUAAGUGAUUAUUUAAGGAUAAAGGAAGAAAACAUGGAAAAUACAACGACUCUACUUGAUCCUAGGCAGACUUUAGUUUGGGAUAAUACUUCUUCUAACUCUAGUUCUAUUUUCUUUUACCAGACAGAACAAGUAUCAUUUCUCAUCGUUUUGUUCACUCUUAUUGUCACCGGAAAUUGUACCGUGCUAACAGUCCUCUUCCUGUCUGGGAAAAUUAGGUCGCGGAUGAAUUUGUUUAUGGCGAAUUUAGCCUGUGCAGAUCUAAUGGUAGGAAUCUUUCUGGUACUAACUGAUGUAAUCUCGAAGAUAACUAUCACGUGGGAGACCCCGGAUCCCGGAUGUAAGAUUGUCAAGUUUCUACAGGCUUUUUCAACUUACGCUUCAGCAUUUUCACUUGUUGCAUUAAGCAUUGAUCGUCUCAGUGUGGUGAUCCGUCCACUAAGUAGAGCAGGGAAUGGUAAAAGCUGGACGUUAAUAGCCUUAGCUUGGAUCUUUGCUGCCUUAUUUGCAUUUCCAAUGUUACUUUUGUUUUUCGUCAAAGAAGAACAAAAUAUGAAAUUUUGUAAAAUCGAAUUUACCGAACAGUGGAUGUGGCAGGUGUACCUAUCUUUGAAUGCUGUUGCCGUUUUUAUAAUACCAGCUGUUAUUAUUGCUUUCUGUUAUAUCGUCAUAGUAACUAUUUUAUGGAGAAAAGCGAACUUUGCUAUGAGUAAUGAUACCUGCAGUAACGGCUGUUCUCCACAACACAUUAUCAACAAAGACGGACAAACUGUACUUCAACAAAAGGCAAAGAAAGUUACAUGGAACAGCAGUUCAAGAGGUGUUAUCCCAAAGGCUAAAAUCAAAACAAUCAAAAUGACAUUCGUUAUUGUAUUAGCUUUCAUUUUCUGUUGGAGUCCAUAUUUCGUGUUUGACCUUUUAUUUGUUUACGAACAAAUCCCUGAUCCAUAUUCACAACACAUUACUGCUAUAAAUACUUUUAUACAAAGUUUGGCACCUCUUAACAGCGCUGCCAAUCCGUUUAUAUUCCUGCUCUUCAAUUUUAAUACCGUCAAAUCUGCAUGUGGAAGACAUAAUCGCCACCUGUACUCGCCACCAACUACACAUUCGCAUUUAUAAUUGAAAUUAACUGUGAAAACAACGUGGAAAGAGUCGCCAUUUUUACUCACAGCUAUCACCACAAGCGCACAUGCAGAACACUUAUACUUUGAUAUAUAUUUAAAAUCCUUUGUUCGGAUUACACAGUUACCCUGUGAUGCUUCUGAUAGUGAAAGAAUUUUAAAAAAGGAAGAAAGAAUAACAAUGAGUCAAAGAAUUCAACAAACUUCUGGGAAGCAGGUGAUUGUCAGUUGACAUCUUUACUCGAUCAAAUGCACAAUCGCAUAUGUUACAACAAUUAGUAUAAUAACUCUAAAAAGUGCGAGGAAACAGUCGCCAUUUCCAAACGAUCCCGCGUAACAACGAACAUGAGUUAAAUUUGUUACUGAUCAUCAACAACUACCCAAUUGUUUUUUUAUAAUUACAAUAAGACAGAUAUCCCUGAAAUUAACGCAGUCAUUUACCAAGAAUUCAUCUUAUUACAACUAUUGGCGUAUGAUUGGUUUCUACUGACACUCAGCUUAUAUAGUAAGAUGUGGAGAGUGCUCUACCAGGAAACUAGACGAUGAUCACGUAUCUUUCUAAAAUAAGGAUGAAUAGUUAUUUUUUAAAAAAACCUUUUACAUAAAUAAGUGUCACUGUUUCUUGCAGUCAAAGGAUAGUCUUUAAUUCCACUUGAUGUGUUUCAUGAAUUGUCAAAUUGUAAAUAUCACAUGACAUCAAUAUGUAACAUGUCCAACACCAUGUCAACAAUGUAUAUCACAUGACAUCAAUAUGUAAUAUGUCCAACACCAUGUCAAUAACGACAGAUUGU